GUCAGAGAGUCUGCUUUGCCCUCGCAGGCCAUGGGCCGCACCCUGCCUGGAGCGGCUCGCGCCACAGUUAUGACUGGCCUCAAAGGGAGUACAACCUACGACAUCAAACUCUACGCUAGCUCCGCUGGACAGAAUACACAGCCCCUAUUCGCCGUAGUCACCACAGAGGCAGUCCCACAGUUGGGCCCAAUAGCUGUGUCCGAAUCUAGCCCCGAUAACUUCACCCUGUCCUGGGGCACAGUGGCUGGUCACUUUGAUGGCUUUGUCAUCCGGGUCGGCGACCCUGAACAGCUGUUUGAUACACUGGAGUUCACGCCGUCUGGCGAGGUCCGUAACAUUACAGUCACUGGCCUAGUGGACGCCACUGACUAUGACAUUGAACUGUACGGUAUUUCUCAUGGGCGCCGCACCCCUUCCGUUUUAGCCCAUGCCGUCACAGGUACUAUGUAAUUUACUCAAAUCUUACCACUUAUUUUGAAACACUG